AUGUCAGCUGAAACUGAAAGAAUUAGACUACACAGCGGCAGAUCCAUUCCAGUUUUAGGAUUAGGAACAUUGGCGGAUUUGCAGGGCGAGGACGAAAUAAUUGAAGCUGUGAAGACUGCCGUCCGUGUAGGAUAUCGGCACAUUGACUGUGCUGCUAUCUAUCGGAAUGAACGAGCUGUUGGGCACGCCAUUAAAGAGCUGAUUGUGAUGGGGCUGAUUCAGAGGGAAGACUUGUUUGUUACUAGUAAGCUGUGGAAUACAUGCCAUAAGCCUGACCUGGUCAUACCCAGCCUGAAAAAGACACUGGAAGAUUUGGGUUUGGAGUAUAUUGACCUGUACCUCAUUCACUGGCCCAUGGCCUAUCAGGAGGGAGGUGAACUGGUCCCAUUGAAUGAACAAGGCAAAACUUUGAACUCAGAUGUUGAUUAUGUUGACACAUGGCAGGCGAUGGAAGAUUGCAGGGAUAUGGGUCUGACCAAAGACAUAGGACUAAGCAAUUUUAACAGAAGGCAAAUAGAGAGAGUACUUGAAGUUGCCAGAAUACCACCUGUAGUCUUACAGAUUGAGGUGAAUUGCCGUAUCACAAAUUCCAAACUUAUUGAAUUUGCCAAGUCCAAAAAUAUUGUUGUUGUAGCAUAUGCACCUCUUGGAGCACCCAAUAUUGAUGAUGGCAACGUGAAACUUAUUGAUGAACCUGUUGUGAAAGAAAUUGCAGAAAAGUACGGAAAAACACCUGCUCAGGUUUUGCUUAGGUUUGUCAUUCAGCUAGGUUUAGCUGUGAUUCCAAAAAGUACCAACCACAAACGGAUUGAGGAAAAUAGCAAG